GGUUAGGGGAGCAAUGAGGCAGGUUUGAGCAGUGGGGAAAGCUCUGAUUUUCAGAUUUGACCUCAUAGCAGUUGCUAUUGUAAUACUGUCCAAUGCUGACAGUGCAGGGCUUCAGGCUGAGGUAAGUUUGCCAAAUAGGCCAGACUGCUGAUUCAAAGCUUUUGUGAUUCACUUAAAUCGCAUUAACCCAUUCAUCUAGCUUGACAUACACCUGUGCCCAAAAAACAAAAAAAAAGUGCCACUAUCGUCCGCCUCCAAGGCACAGGUGUAGCAGCCAUGUCCACUGGCUCUGCGGCAAGCGACGCUGAGGACUAUGAGACAUGCUGCAGAGGGAGUGCAGACCCUUUGGAGAGGGCCGCGCGGAAGACUACCUGCUGUGAUCCGCACACGUACUCGGACGAGGAGCUGGAGGAGGACGGUGUGGACGCGCGGGCGAAGCAGCAGCAGCAGGAGCGCAGACCUUCUAGGACGCACCACAAGGACGCGCGCCAGUCGCAGAGAAACGCGGCCAACGCCAGGGAGAGGUCGAGGAUGCGAGUGCUGAGCAAAGCUUUCUCCAGACUAAAAACCAGCCUGCCCUGGGUGCCGGCGGACACCAAGCUGUCCAAACUGGACACGCUGCGCCUCGCCUCCAGCUACAUAUCUCACCUGAGACAACUCCUGCAGGAUGACAGGUUCGAGAACAGCUUUGCGCAUCCAGCCAGUCUGACUUGGCCGUUUAUGAUGACAGUCCGAGCAGAGGACCAAGACAUCUCAACUACUGUUAGACUUUGUGGAGCCACAGCAUAGAAACCACUUCUUACUUCUACUCAAACUGAAGAGAUUACCAAGAACAGAAAACCACUUCUUCCUCAUCUUUGGCCAUUGCUUUGUGUGUGUGCGUGUGUGUGUGUGUGUGUGUUUUGAUGUGGCAUGUGCAGGAUUGUGUUGUGCAUGUUUGCUGAAGUCACUAGGAUGGCAUGUUUACACUCUUGUAUUCAUUUAUAUUUGAUUUCUAUGGACACUGUAUUAAUGAAAAUUACUUCUGAUCACAAAACUGUAUCGAUGAUGCAGUGUAUAGUUUUGUGACCCUGUCUGUGAUAUACAAUAUCAGUGUGUUUAACAUUCUUUCUUUUCUGCAUGUAUUCGGGUACUUUUUUUUUGCAGGUAACAUAGUGCAGCUAUCCGUUUUGCUACUUUGAUUUGAAUAUACCAAGUAUUAAAAGGCCCACAGGUGCAGCAGCAGCAGCAGGAGGAGGGAAAUCUAUUUAUUGUGUUCAUGAUACUGUAUGUUGUAAAAUGUUUGCAUUUCAUAUAAAACAGUUUGAUGGUGAUG